UAUGUAGACAAGAAGACCAUGAGGCCAUACUUGAAUUCGGCUAUAAAGAUCGAACCUUUUCGCCUUCUUCUCUCUCCAAUUCUCCGCCGUAGCAGCAGCAGCAGCAGCAGCAUUAGAACCUUCACGUUUCGAAACUUUCAGUUCCCAACCGGAACCAGAGCUCCAGGCCACCUUAUUCUUCGUCGCUGUCGCUGCAGAGCGAUGGGGACAUCGUCACUAGAAGCAGUGGUUCGUUUUCAAGUAAAGGACAAGAUUGAACUGACGGAGAUUGAGAAAAAGAUAUUCGAUCGACUUCUCAACACUCUCCUCCACUUCAAUCUCCAAACCGAGCUCCGUGUCGCAGGCGGUUGGGUUCGCGACAAGCUUCUCGGCAAGGACUGUUAUGACAUCGAUAUUGCUAUUGACAAUAUGUUGGGCAGUGAAUUUGUUGAUAAGGUCAGAGAAUACUUGUUAUCUACUGGGGAAGAGGCACAGGGGCUUUGUAUUAUUCCACGGAAUCCUGACCAGUCCAAACACUUAGAAACUGCAAGGAUGCGCCUUUUUGAUUUAUGGAUUGAUUUUGUAAACUUAAGGAGUGAAGACUAUAGUGAUGGCAGUCGCAUUCCCACAAUGAAAUUUGGCACAGCAAAAGAGGAUGCUUUUAGAAGGGAUUUAACUAUUAACAGCUUGUUCUAUAAUAUCAAUACCAGUUCGGUAGAAGACCUUACUGGAAGAGGUAUUGAAGAUCUGAAAACUGGAAAAAUAGUGACUCCUUUACCUCCAAAGGCUACUUUUUUGGAUGAUCCACUUCGAGUUCUUCGAGCUAUUCGAUUUGGUGCAAGGUUUGGAUUCAUACUAGACGAAGAACUCAAAGUGGCCGCUGCUUGUGAUGAUGUGACAAGUGCCCUUGCAGCAAAAGUUAGCAAAGAGCGCAUUGGAACUGAAAUUGAUCUCAUGAUCUCUGGCAAUCAACCUGUUAAAGCUAUGACAUGCAUUGCUGAUUUGACAUUAUUCUGGGUUGUCUUUGGUCUUCCUCCUAAGGUUGAGCCAGCAGUGUCAGAAGGAUGCCACAAGCUAUGUAUUGCGUACUUGGAUGCAUCAUGGAACCUUAUUCAAUUAAUUGGGUGUUCCGUCUUCACUGUUGAACAAAGGAGACUGUCUUUGUAUGCGGCUUUAUUUCUCCCAUUCAGAAAUAUUACGUGCAAGGAUGAGAAGGGUAAAACGGCUCCUGUUGUCAACUUUAUCUUCAAAGACUCUCUCAAGCAAAAAUCCAGCGAUUCUGAAACAGUUAUGAAGAUACACAGGUCAUUAGAGAAAUUCUUAAACUUAUUUGAUUUGCUUACUUCUAACGAGGACACCCAGCCAGCUGAAGUUGACUGGGGACCAGAACUUAUUGAUGUGCCUUUCUCAUCGAAACUCCGAGUAUUGGCAGGAUUUCUACUACGAGAUGUCAAAGAUUUUUGGCGAGUUGCCUUGUUGAUAUCUACAAUGAUAUAUCCUGCCAACAUCGACUCUACUGAAGAUUUUUUAGAUAAGCAAUAUCAACUUGACAAGAGAAUAGAACUAUUUAAGACAGUUGAGAAUGCCAUCACUAAACUAGGUCUUGAAAAAAUCUGGGAUGUAAAGCCAUUGGUCAAUGGUAAAGAGAUUAUGAGUGUUUUGCAGCUUAAAUCUGGGGGACCACUUGUUAGGGAGUGGCAACAAAAAUUGCUGGCAUGGCAGCUUGCCCAUCCCACAGGAACUGCAGAGGAAUGCCUUGAUUGGAUGAAGCAAACACAUUUGAAGCGUGCAAGAAUACACACGUCUUCUUAGAUCCCAAGAACAUUCAUGUAGCUUCGGACCACCGUGGCUGCCGGAGGAGUCUGGGAACUUUAUAUAGGCAGCUAGAGCAUUCAUUUAUUUCCAAUAACAAUUUUGUAUAGAACUUCAAAAAUGUCCUUGAACUUGUGCCAGAGAAUAUUUUGUUCUCUUGAUGUAUUAGGUAUAUUAUUAGUUCUUGAUGACUAUUGAGAAAAAUUCUCCUUAAAUAUAUUUUAAAGGAUAUUAAAAAUAAUUCUCAUUCUUUUUCUUUAA